AAGAGAGCUCUAGCUAGCUAGCUACUUUUGCAAAUUUUGCGUGCAUCGAUCAUCUCGAUGGCUGACUUCUCGUCCAGCAACGGCGUCCCGCCGGGGUUCCGGUUCCACCCUACCGACGAGGAGCUGCUGCUCUACUACCUCAAGAAGAAGAUCGGCUUCGAAAAGUUCGACCUCGAGGUCAUCAGGGAGGUCGACCUCAACAAGAUCGAGCCAUGGGACCUCCAAGAGAGAUGCCGGAUCGGGUCUGCGCCGCAGAACGAGUGGUACUUCUUCAGCCACAAGGACCGCAAGUACCCGACGGGGUCGCGGACGAACCGCGCGACGACGGCCGGGUUUUGGAAGGCGACGGGAAGGGACAAGUGCAUCCGCACCAGCUACCGCAAGAUCGGGAUGCGCAAGACGCUCGUCUUCUACCGCGGACGCGCCCCGCACGGGCAGAAGUCCGACUGGAUCAUGCACGAGUACCGCCUCGAGGAAAUCGACGAAGCCCAGGGCGGCACCAGCGAGGAUGGAUGGGUGGUGUGCCGCGUGUUCAAGAAGAAGUGUUUCUUCAAGAUCGCGGGAGGCGGCGAGGGGAGCUCGAGCCAGAGCGCGGACGCCGGCGCCGGCCACAUGGCUGUGUCCUCGCCGCUGGGUGGCCACGACCACGCUGACAGGGCCGCCAUGGCAUCCCACUACAUGCACGGGAUGCACCCGCAGUACCACCCCCAGCACGCCUCUUCCUUCUACUACUCCCAGAUGCAACCACCGGAGGCGGCCUACUCGCACCACGUGCAGGUCCAGGAUCUCCUCACCAACCACCGGCCGGCCGCCGACGCAGCUGGCGGCGGGUAUGAUUUCUCGGGCCUGCCCGUGGAGCACCCUGGCCUGGACGUCGGCAGCAGCGACGGCGUCGCGGCGGAUGGGCUGGCCGAAGGAAGAGAUCAGACAAACGGUGCAGCCGAUCAGCAGUGGCAGCCGAUGGACGGGUUCAGCAACGGCGGGGGCGCCGCUGCAGUACAGCAGAUGAGCGCCAUGAACUCCGGGCAACGAGGUGGGGAGAUGGAUUUGUGGGGUUAUGGGAGGUAAAUUCAACAUCACCAAGACAUGAAAAAGUGCAUCUGCAUGCAUGAAUGUGCAUGCAAGUGGGAAGGAGGAUCCUGAAAAUACUGGUUGGAGAGUUAUCAUUGGUUUUUGGUGUACUGUAUAUGUUGUGUUAUUAAUUUAUCCCAAUUUAUUGUUGUCUAAUGUAAUAAGAACUACGGAUACAUAUCGGUGUGUAAGAGUGUAAGUGGUGAUUUGUGCGUGUACAUGUGUUUGCAAGGAGAAAAAAAAAGAAUUUAAGUUUGUGGUUUUCUUGCCAUGUAUAUACGAUGUACACGAGUGUAAUGUUGGAAGUGGGCGGCAGCAUUUGUUCUGCGCGCAUACAUGCCC